AUGGUACCGGACAGAGGACCGGCCACCUCGGCCGUCACCAUUGUCAUAACAGUUUUGGCCACUGUUUUCGUGGCUGCAAGGUUUUUCACUCGGGUCUGGCUGGUCAGAUCGAUCAAGAAGGAUGACUGGUGGAUUCUUGCAGCGUGGAUAUUCGCGGUGGGAUUCUCGAUAUCGAUAUGCGUGGCAGUCAAAUAUGGCUUGGGAAAACACAAAGCCGACAUACCUGAGAGAUCCUUCAGCUCUCUACGGAAGGCCGAAUACGCCUUUUCCAUCUUAUACAACCCAUCUCUCAUGCUGACCAAAACGUCCAUCAUCGUGUUUUUCCUGUCGGUCAUGAGCAAAGAUGUCGACCCUGUCUUUCAACGGUGCAACUGGUUGACUCUUGCACUGGUCAAUAUUGUCGGAACCGCGCUGACCUUCUUCAACAUCUUUCAAUGCCGGCCCGUCGCGGCUGGCUACCUCUACCCCCGGCCAGAGAAUGCCAAAUGCACCGAUAUCGUCACGCUGUAUCUUUCAUCGGCUCCGAUCAAUAUCAUCACGGACAUCGCGCUCUUGUUCUUGCCGAUGCCAAUUUUAACGGGAAUGCGAUUACCUCGCAAGCAGAAAAUUAUCCUGGUAGUGACCUUCAGUUUCGGCGCCUUUGUUGCGGUGGUCGAUGUUAUCCGGAUCGCGUAUCUGCAGAGCGCCGCCAUGAAUCGAUUGAAAAUGGUCAAAACCAACAGUGGGAACAGCAGCAAGAUUGUUGAAGAGAACGACUUUUCCUGGUACGCCAGUCUGAGCUUUAUGUGGUCAGCGGUUGAGAUCUGCAUUGGAAUCGUCUGUGCGUGUGUCCCAAGUUUGAGGCCGCUUUUCCUGCGGUUUAUGCCACGCUUGGUCAAGGACGCUGGAGAUCAGCUCAACUCUCAUGGCAGCCUGGAUCAUCGGACCGCGAACGGCGCUCCUGCCACCAACGUCUCCAUGCUCAACAACCCGGCUGCGUUUCGCAGACCUACAGUCAAGGAGUAUUCCGGAGAGGAUGACGGAGAUCAAAUGGGAUUUUUGAACAUGCUGGCUCGGCCACCAGACGAGGACGCGCCGAAUCUGUCGAGGACGGCGACCAAGCUCUCUCGGCGAGAAACGAACCCAAGCCCGGCGUCCGAUUUCGGUUUUGUCAAGAUGUCGGGGAGGAGAAACAUGCUCACAUUGUCGAACCGGCAGAGUAUUUGGCCAAUCGCGGUGGUGACGGUAGUAUUUUUCUUAUGGGGGUUUGCGUACGGUCUCCUGGACACCCUCAACUCCCGAUUUCAGAUGGUCGUCGGACUUUCCAGCGGAGGAGCACUGGGGCUCCAUGCGGCCUAUUUUGGAGGGUAUCUCGUGGGUCCAUUGACCUUGGGGCGCUUCAUUCUGAAGCGAUACGGGUUCAAGGCGGUGAUGAUUUCGGGACUCUGCGUCUACGGCUGUGGAACCCUGGUCUUUUGGCCCUCCGCCGUGUUGACUUCGUAUGGGGCGUUUAUCGUCUCGAACUUCAUUGUCGCUUUCGGACUGUCGUGCCUGGAAAUUGCAGCCAACCCCUAUAUCGCCUUGUGUGGGCCGCUGGAGUAUGCGGAGGUUCGACUCAACUUUUCACAGGGAUUUCAAGCCAUCGGUACCAUCUGUUCUCCCCUGCUGGCAACCAAGGUAUUGUUCAAGAACGUCCUCAACGCUCCUUCGUUGGUGGACGUGCAAUGGACAUACCUUGGCAUCGCCAUGUUCGUCUUCGCCCUGGCCGUCGUUUUCUACUACAUCCCGCUUCCGGAGGCCACAGAUGAACAAUUGGAAGAGCUGGCCGAUCGUCGAAGUGCGGCAUACGGUGCUACUGUUGGCCCGUGGAAGGUUGUCUACGUGACACUUGGUCUAGGUGUUUUCAGCCAAUGGUGCUAUGUGGGGUUACAGGAAUCCGUCGGCAACAACCUCCAGUCGCUGGUUCGAUUGGUUCAACCGGGUUCGAGCCUCCAGCCAUUUGAUUUUCAAACGCUGGCACACGCGGUUUUUGCAGCUGGUCGAUUUCUGUCGGCGCUGCUCAAUUAUCUGCUGAAGCCGAGAUGGAUCUUAUUGGCGCUCUAUGCUGGUCUCAUGGUAUGCCUCGCUCUUAAUAUGCGCCUGGGCGGAAACACGGGGGCCGCCCUUGGCGUACUGACCUUCUUCUUCGAAGCGGGUAUUUUCUCCAUCAUUUUUGCGAUUGCCAUGCGUGGAUUAGGCGCGCACACCAAGACUGGCUCUGCUCUGAUGACAGCGGCGAUAUCGGGAGGGGCGGUGUUUCCUCCCCUGCAAUGGGCGGCGGCAAACGAUCAUGGGUUGAGAUACUCAUAUUGUGUCCCUCUGGCUGGAGCCGUUGGUGGAAUGUUGUUCCCUCUCUACCUGAAUCUGGUCCCCGCCGCAAGAAUUCAGGUGGAUCCGGUCCACGAGAAACGCGCACACAGAAGAGUUCAAAGGGCCGACAGUGCUAACGCGAGUCAAGACGACCCUUUGCCACGGUUUGGACUGCCGGGCAUUGUUGCUCGGCGAAAGAAGAAUAAACAUAUGGAAAUGCCGUCAGUGGAGCACGUGGAACGACAAAGCAGCAGCCUGAGCGGAGUUCCCACAUCAGCCAUUUGGUCGAUAGAUUUUGCAAAUGAGAAGGGUGAGCUUGAAGAACCAAAACCCAUUCGACUGAGGCCGUCCAGAGGUCACGUUGCUGAGCUCGCUCUUUGGCCUCUGGAGAAGAUAUCGGAAGCCAGUGCCUGCAGCUCUAGCACCGAAAACGAUGGUCGAGGGCACCCUAACGUUCCAGGAAUGGACGAGAAGGUUAAAUCAAACGUGUCCAGCGGUGAACAUCGGCCACUUUGGGAAGAAAAGGACCAACAUGACAACGGUCUUGAUGAUUAUCAUGCCAUGAUGAGAAAGAUCUGA